UUAGCAUGCAAAUAAUGAUCUGGUUAUUCAAUAAAAUCUUGUUUUCUAUGUAUAAAUGACCAUUCUUUCAUAACCACUCGGGUCAUAUAGUCUUCAGUUUAUUUUCAUUCAGUUAUACUAUUGUGAUCAUGGUGUUCAAAGUACUAUUGAUGGUCAUGACCUUGGCCCUAGUCUUCGCAUGCGCAGUGGCAACUGGAACAGGAGGUCACCAUUUGGACCCCAGCCGUGCUCAAGAUUAUGGAUCUUCACAACCAUGCGGAGGACCAUACCGGGAUGUUCCGAAUGUUCAUCAUGCUGGUCGCAGACACUAAGCAAAUAGCUGCCGAAUGUCAUUCUUCGAUGUAUUUUUCAAGUCAACGUAAUUCUUCAGUUUUUUUUUUUCAUUAAUAUAAACUUUCAUAGAGUACCUAUCAUAGUCCAUAAAUGAAUUAUAUUCUAAGAACCAAUAACUUACUAUUCAUUUGCAUGACGUGUCUCUCUUUUUUCAAGAAUGAAAUUAUAUUUGUUUGAUUGUAAUUGUGUUUCACUAAGUAAGUGAUAUGAGAGCUAUCCAUAGUUUGACAGUGAUAUGAAACAACCCAUACGCUACGUCGUUUGACGGGGAGGCUGGUACCCUGAAGGAUCCGGUUCUGGAGAUGGUGAUGGUAUGCAGGUGGAACAGAUUGUGUUCGCUCCAGGGUACUCUCAUCCUCUAUCUGGUGGUCUGAGAGGAACUUGAUUCUGUUUUCCUCCGUUUAAGAAUAACA